AUGCCAACUGACCGAUUACAGACCAUUGAAUACGGAAGCAAAACACUAAUCUGCAUCUUAGUUCCAAAAAGUGGACGCGGAUCUUUUCCCGAACGAGUCUUCCUAGAGAUUCGAUGCCUCCACACGUUCGUUGGUCAAAUCCAAGCAAAUGUUCCACAGUGGUCCCACGAAUUCACAGACAGAAUUCCAUUUUUCAACCGACCCAAUGUGAAAUUCUACGAACGACACAUACUACUCGCGUGCCUACCGAUGAGUGACAGAAAAAGCAGAAAACAUUCUGUUAGGAGUAUGCGUAUCACCUUGCUGAAUAUGAUCACUCCCUUCACGCUGCUUGCGGAAGGCAGUGUCCUGAAAUUCGAGGAGGUUGGACAUGUGGAUUGCUCACCAUGCGAAUUUUUGGAUAUUCAAGGUACCAACCUAAAUAAGAUUUGUCAGUCACACAAAUCUCUUCAAUUUAUUCAACAUGCCUCAGGCAAGAAAGCGGAGGACAAAAGCACAAAAUGGUGA